UCAAAUAAAAACUCGUUAUUCUUGAGUUGAUUUGAUGAUUUUAAUCACAUUGCAAUCUUGUUGGCAAUUUUUCACAUGUACAAUCAUUAGCAUGGCUUUCUAAAGGCGUCUUCCACAGGAGGAAGAACGAUCGGUGCUACUGUUCUGUAAUUAUGACAUCGCCAUCGCGCGGAAUGGCCUUCCGCUCUGCGAGCAGUUCUCCGAUGCCAACCACAUCCGCUGUUGAUUCCUCUCCCUCCACCGCGUCUUCCCUGUCCCCCACUCCUCCAGCAUCCACCGCCAACUCCGACUAUUUCCUGCGAUUAUCCGCCAAAUUCGUGCAUUUUGAUCCGGUGACGAAGGGGACAUCGGUGUUCUUCGAUGACAUUCAGUGUCAGAUUUUUGUGGUGCGCGAUAACGGCAGCGCGGGUGUCCGCGUGCACAGUCCCAUUGCCAGUCGCAAUUUUGAAUUCGCCAUCGAGAAUAAGGGCACCAUACUGUCCAUAAAAUUCUCUCCGGAUUUCCGGGUGCUGGCUGUGCAGCGGUCGAAUAAAUCGGUGGAGUUUCUGAAUUUUUCGGAAAACAGGCAGAUCGACUUGGUUGAGUAUUCUCAGGUAUGUCGCGCGCGUUCCGCAAAAAUCCUCGGAUUCUGCUGGGUGUCAGCAUCGGAGAUCGUACUGAUAACGGACACGCAGGGCUUGGAGAGCUACGCUAUUCGGCCGGAAAAGAAAAGCCUGCGCAGUUUGAAGAAUUACAGCGUCAGCGUCAACUGGUUCCUGUACAUGCCACCCUAUUUAUUAUUGUCCAGUGGACCUGCAUGCAAUAUUCUCCAUGUCUUCCUCCUUCGUAAUCCGGGCAAUUAUCAACGAUUCAACAAAUUCGAGAUCGAUAUCGGCGCGCAGCAUGCAGUGCAGAAUCACAUGCAGCCGAAUAAGCUCCUGGAACGCGACGUGGUAUUGGCUCCGGUAUACGGAUUACUUUACGUCCUGGUGAUCAAGCAAGUAUCGAAGUUGAAUGCCGGAGCGGAAGUGGUCAUGUAUCAAGUGAAAAACGACGGAUCGGUGCGCAUCACCGACAUUCUGUUGUUGGAAUGCAACGGACGAUUCGCUGUCAACGUUCUGGACAAUCUCAUUGUGGUCCACCAUCAACAGUCCAAAAUGUCCAAGAUCUUCGAUCUGAAAUUGAAUACACGUGGGGAUUCCGUGAAAUACCAUUUUCCGGUUUCUUCGUAUUCCAUCGAGCCGUACCAUAUUAAACUGAACAUUGUAUCCAUUCCCUACGAGUUGUACUCCUCCAACUGGGCGGUUUUCCUCCCAAGCAUCAUCGUCGACGCCAAACUGGGCUGUUUAUGGCAGCUGGAGCUGAAAACCGACAGCCUGGCCUGUCUGAUCGCCGACCGCGUCAAACGCAUCGAAUUCUUGCUCCUCCGGGACCACGACGCCAAAUCCGUCCUCAUCAAACACCUGGCCGCUUACCUCCACAAUCCCCCGGACUUUCCCGCCUGCGUUAAAUCCUUCGAGCUGCUCAACCAGAAACUCAAACAGUUUUCCACCACCAAACCCGGCGAUGAAGUGCAACGGCGCUCGGUGCAUCUGGAGCAGGUGGAGGUGUUCCGCUUCCUGUUGCUGCCGUUGUCGGCGUCGCUGGAACUGCCGCAUCGAAACAUUGUGGCGGUGCUGGUGGAGUAUUUGCGCUCGUUGCUAGCCGUGGGGAUGGAGCCGCAGUAUUACGUGCAGGAGCUGAUCGUUAAUACGAUGGUGCAGUUUAAAAUGUUCCAUCUGCUGCGCCACUGUGUGGAGAACGGGGUGUUCUGUGAUUCCAAGCCGUUUGCGUGUCUGCUGCUCUCGCUGGAGAAUAUGUUUCCGCCGGCGGUGCAGAUGGUGCUUGAUAUGCUCAAGAGAUUGGGAAGUUCGGUGGAGGAACAAGUGGAGAUCCUUUUGGCUAAAAACGAGAUCUUUGCCGCCAUGCGCCUUCUCCAGGCGGCCGGCGUGGUGCAGCACGAAGCGUACCUGACGCCGCGUAAAUUCCUGGAACCCGCUCUGACUUCCGGUGAUCGAAUGCUCUUUUAUUCCGUUUUUCGGUAUUUUCAAAUGCGCAACAAUCGCCUCCGCGGCAGCUCCAAAUUCCUAUCGGAGGAACUCUGUGAUGAUAUUGUUUUUCAAUUUGAGACCAUGUUUCCCGAAGAUGUUGCCGACAGGCGUGAUGUGGUGUUUUAAUUUCUCUGUGUUUACUGAUUUUUCAACUUUUUUUCGUUUUGGAUGUUUUACUUUAAUUUUUUUAGAUUCUUUUUAUAAUUUAUAGGGUUUUAGAUUUCUAUGCAUAGUAUGACUUCCAGUUUUAAAUUGUGUUUGCCGAGAGGUGUCCCUGUUUUGUUUUAUUCAAGUUUUUCCAUUCGUCAUAACUAUGGUCUUUCAUAUGAAAAAUAAAGAGAUAACAGUCCCAAACGAUAACGCUGUACACAGGAAACAUUAAAGUUUAAAC